AUGGAUUAGCCAAGACACGUUUUCAAAAGAGUAAAGGAACGCUCGAUAAUGGAUGCAAAACUUAGUGUUGAUGAAUGGCGUAAUCUAUUCAAGAAUGGGGAAAUAGAUCAAAAUGGAAACAAGAUUAAGUAUAGUCUGAAAUAGGCUGCUGAAAAAGUUGGAGUGCCCAAAAAGACUUUAGAAGAUUAUCAUUAGUUAUUAAAAAAAGCUGAAUAAAUGGUUGAUUUGAACAAUAUUUGGGAUCAAAAAAUGGGAUUUUUGCGAAAACUAUUAAAAUGUAAAUAACAACAACAAUUUCAAUCAUAAAUAUUUUCAGAUGAGGAGAUAAAUAAUCAGAUCCAAGAAGAGAAUGAAGUCUAGGAACAGGAAUCAGAGUAAUUCAAUAUUGAUGAAAUGAUUGUGGUUGGAGAUGUUCAAUACUAUAACGUGGAUGAACAAUUCGAGUUUGUCUAAUAGCAUGUUUAAACAGUUGAGGUCCACCAUUAAAUAAAUAAUGAUAAGAAAAUGGAAAUUCCAUACAGUGAUUGUGAUGAUUGUGAAACAGAUGAUGAGUUUGAUAAUGAAUGAAUCAUUAUAUAUCAUAAAUGUCCUU